AUGUCCGCCACAACAUCAAACGAUGCUGCCGACGAUGAGUUGUGUGAUAUCAUGUCGCUUCCUUCUAGUAUUGAGGAUGACGAUGAUGACAUCGAUGAUGUGUCAACGACCUCGACUGUCAUAGAUUACUUCAGGUCGGAAGGCCAGAGCGAAUCUGGCAACCCGGAUGACAUGGACCUGGACUAUGAAGAUCCUGAAAGACUUUGGGAUAUAGAAGCUGUCGCUGCCGAGAGGCGGAACAGGGCAGGCAAGAUGAGGUAUCUUGUCCACUGGGUAGGGUUUCCAAUUCACAGAAGCACCUGGGAGGUUGCCGAAAACUUUCCCGACCACGGUUUGGACAAUUGGGAAGAGACAAAGGCCGAGAUUGCGGCUGGUUUGAAAGAGCCCUUCAAGAAGGAGAUAUCACGAUGGCGAGAUGCUGUAACAAUGCAGAAUGAGAAGCGGUUGAAGAGAAACGCCAAACGGAAAAGACUUGGCCUUCCCUUCAAGACCCUCUACGACUACGAACAGCCAUUUCGGACUGAUUGGGAGAUGGAUUUGGACGAAUCAGACGAUGAUGAUUCCGUCACAGAAAAGAGAUCACAGACUGCGAGAAAAGCGGGUGAAACCUUUGUUUGCUCUUCCAGUAGCGACGAAGCAGAAGAAGAUAACGCAGUCGAUGACGCGGGGAGCCCCCGACAUCUACCGGAGACAAGACAGUCACAGCAAAGAGCAAAUCGCAUAUUCAAGGAGACCGUUGACUCCUCGACGCCCACUAGCUCUAACAAUAGGGCCAAUAGUACAAAGGCGAGUACCGGUAAUCAACAGCAAAAACGGGUUAAUCUUGGCGGAAAGUCGAUGGCAUAUUCAACUACUACAAAUCAAAGCACCCCCAGCCCGCAACCUACUUCAACACUGCCAAAACCACAAGCUGUGACCGCAAAACCAUCCGCCACAGGGUAUCAAGGCACCGCACGACGACACACCGACCAGCCAAGGGAGCGACCGUCUGCAACUGGUUAUCAAGGCACUGCACAAAGGGCAACGGCAGAUGUUGGUGCAGGUCACAAGCCUGUGAAGUCAAACAUGCUGGCUUCUACGGUACUCAAGAGCUCCAAAGGAAUGAGUGCUCGCAGGACAGUCUCUAGGCCAACUACUAUGACCAGCGUUACCAAGAUCAAUAUAUCCGCCCUGAGGAAACCCAAGCGGAAGUCGUACCUAGACUCGGAAGUGGAUGGAGCUGCUUCAAACAAUUCUAAUAAACGAUAUGUCAGUCUCUCAACCCGAAGGAGAGUAGAGCUUCGAACUCGAAACAAGGAGAACGAUGCCCCUACUGCUGCCGAGAUGGAGGGCAGGCUGUUCGAUCCCGCCCUUGGACCUCCAGCCUCGAAACCCUCUGUGGCAAAGCCGCCUCCCAUAAAGCAGACCCUAGCCUCCCGCAACAUGCCUUCCAUGGCGGACUCGACUGGACAAACAACCAAGGCCAAACGAAAGUCAGUUCAUUUCGCCACCUUUACGGGAUCGCAAGUCUUCACAGAACCAGAAGAGAUGGACGUGGUCGAGGAUGCUACAAACAUGAACCUAGGGUAUUCAUCGGAAAUGGAAAUCGAUUCGCCAGAACCAACAGGGCAGGAUAAUGCUGAUUCUGCGAGCCCUGUGACUCCCGUUCGGAAGGUUUCCUUUGCGGAAUACCAAGCAGCAAAGACAGCACCUAGAAGCGUGCAGAUCAAGGCUAGUUUUGGUUCCAGCUCACCUUUGGACGUCUUUUUCAAUGACAUCCCCAACGAUUCCGAUCCUCGUGUUCAGAACCAACAGUGGUUGAAAGAGUUUCUCAGUGGGGAUGUGCUGCGGUUUCGCCAUCAAUGCCUUGCCGAGGUCCUUUUGAAGCGGCUUGAGCAAAUAAGGCCAUCGCGAAAGAAUCACUGCUCCGGAAGCAUCACAGGCAAGGACGACCAAACCGAGAAAAUGCUUACCAAUGUCUCGGAACGCCUUAAAGCUGGCGGGAACGGGCUUUUACUUAGUCGUAUCCAUUACGCACUGCUUGUUUACCCUGCGCAAUGCGAUCAUUGGGCCUCGGACAGCCUGGACAGCGAAGAAAAGCAAACCGAUAUGGCUGUGCUCAGAUACGUCUUGUUUACCCCCGCAGAUGACCUUUCAUUGAUGCUGCAAGGUGAGGGCACAACGCCUAUAGCCGCCGAGCCAACGAUUGGCAAUAGCCGUGUUUGUUUCAUGGAUCAUUUGUUCGGUCUGGGCAAGUCUGCGUUUGACAAACUGGUACCCCCUACUCCUCCCGGUGGUACGGGAAACCCCCGAUUUUACUUGAUAUUUCCUCUAUCUUGUGCAGCAGAAAAUUUUCAAGUUAGCAUGUGGAUCAGGGCCUGCAAACCGGACGCUGAAGUGUAUACGGCUCAUCCCGGCAGUUGGCGAGAUUUCUUGAACAACCUGGAGCCGACUUCGGUUGCCGCAGUGAUAGUUCACGAGGCUGCUGUCAGGACCCUUAGGCGAUUACCAAAGCUGCGUCUGUUUCUGGAGAACGCUCGGUAUUGGGUUUGGCGCUGGCCAGACAGAGCAAACCUGUGGAAUUCGCUCGAUGCGCAACCAGAGCGUCUUUUCCCCUUUGGUCAUAUCACGCUGCUGACUCCAAGUUUUGUGGUUUCGGAGCCAAGACUAGCCCUGGAAACUGUAAGUGAGCAUGUGCGCAACACACAAAAAGCCAUCAUGGUGUCUCAUGGUUUUGUGAACUGGGUGGGCGCACUCGCGACAGAGAAAUUGCGUAUAAGGCAAGCUAUUAUGAAAGAUUCUCGGCUGUCAGAUAAGGAGCGCGAGAACAAGGCUACCAUGAGGGGCGUCUCCGUGGACGUCUGUCAAGCUAUAGCCCAACUGGCAAAUGAAAUUCUUGAAAUUUCGGGACCGAUACUUGAUCGGCUGCCGGAAGAGUCCUAUACGAGCAAUUUUAUAUUUGCAGAUCAGUGCAUUGAUGACAAUGACGAGCAGAGCCUGGUUAACUGGUUUGGAUGGUGGUCUAUUGCAAAUGCUGAAAAGUUCCGCAAGUUCAACGUGCUUGGGACGAGGAAUGGGAGCAGGAUCUGGUGCCGGAAGCGAGCGUUUCUCAAGAUUCCUAGCUUUGCCAAGGAUACAACCAAUGAUCCCGACGGUGUGCUGCGAAAGAUUCGUGAGAAGGAGAAUAUGAAGGAGGCCGACUCGGUGGUGGGCACGGGGCCAAAACCCCCUGGCCAACCCGCUGAAGAUGCCGGCUCUGCACCGCCUUCGGUACAACGGGAUCCGGCGCCCGAUCUGACUGUAUUCCGAAGCGAAAGGCUCCCCCAGGAAGGUCCCAAGGCAUUUGUGGACGAGCUCAACCGCAUUCAAAGCCACCCGGACCGAAAGUUCAAACCAGGAGUGUGGCGGAUGUUUGUGUUUCCGAUAUUUUGGAAAGACGGCGAUGAGCUAUUCAAACAUGGCCGCAUGACCAGCAGCGCAGACAACAUGAUACGACAAUGGUUUGACUACACAUGGCCAUUUGAUAAAGUCUACAAGGUUUACAUAGGCUUCUGCUACACUGUAGAGGACUCUUUCAACCCGACAACGUCCGCAAGGGGUCAGCGGGUGCCACGCCGGCCUUGGCUUGUGGUCUACCGGAUCAAAUAUGCGGAGGUUACAGAGCAGUCAUCAAAUACGCCGACAGAAAUCAUAAUUGUGGACCCUGUUGCCAGCAUGGACACUCCCGGAAAGUAUGUCUUAGAGGAUUGCUUGCCAAGCGCGCAGCAGGCCGUUAUAAACCACAUACGCAAGCACGAGGGCGACAAGAAACAUCGCGACAAGGUGAACGGCACAUUUGUCUUCACCCACAGAAUGCCGCCACAGAAAGUGGCCAAAAUCUGGGUCGCGGGAAUGCCACAAAAUCUUGCAGGUCUACCACCAGUAGACCAAUGCCUGAGGCUUCUCGAGAGCUUACUCGAUAAUCUUGAUGUGCUGCCAUUGUCGUCUGACCGGUUGGCGCGGAUGGGAUUCAAAUUGGUAUUCAAGGAGCACCCGCCUUCUGCUCCCUCCACCUCUUCCAACGAUGACGAUAAUCUCGAUGGAAACCCCGAUGCUUCCGUCGAGCUGGAUACCAAGAUCGUUUUCCACCCGCCGGUGCCCGACGCAUCCUUCGAGGGAACCACCAAGUGCAGCAACAGGCUGUUCGAGGCAGCGCAGUCGGCACGGGCCAAAGACAAAAAAGCCACCCACAUGACUUAUGAGUACCGCCCAACGGUGGAGUGGUACGAAGAGCAGCGGCUCGAGGGCAGGGGCUGGGAGCACGUCUGGGUGGGCACGUACGAGAAGUUGUAUUCGGCGCGGCAGAAGACCAAGACUUCAACCUAG